AUGGACAGAUCGAGAUCUAAACGGUACUAUUACGAGCAGGACUAUGAAUCCGAAACCUUACACUCACGGAGCAAGCCGCGCUACGGCGGAGGCGGCGGCGGCGGUGGAGGCGGAGGAGGAGGAGGGGGUCACCAUUAUGCUUCGAACUACCACCACCGGCGCUCCUCGUCCUCCUCCUCCGGUGGCGGCGGCGGCGGCGGGAGGAAAAUGCAGGAGCCAUCUAUGAUGGUGACUACUAGCUACCGGAUUCUGUGCCACGACGUGAAGGCCGGCGGGGUGAUUGGGAAAUCCGGCAGCAUAAUCAAAGCAAUAAGGCAGCACACCGGAGCUUUCAUCAACGUCCACGAGCUGAUUCCAGGGGAUGAGGAGAGGAUUAUCGAGAUUUCCGAUGCCCGGCGGCGGGAUCCGGAGGGUCGAAUGCCUUCCUUCUCCCCUGCGCAGGAGGCCCUGAUGUUGAUACACGACAGGAUUAUGGAGAGUGAGAUGGAUGAACAUGGUGAGUAUGGAGGCAGGGGAAGUGGUGGUAAUAAUGGCGGUCGGGUGGUGACGAGGCUGGUGGUCUCAAGGAUGCACGUUGGUUGUUUGAUGGGGAAAGGAGGGAAGAUAAUCGAGCAGAUGAGGAUCGAGACCAGAACCCAUAUCAGGAUUUUGCCCAGAGACCAUAAUUUGCCGCGUUGUGUGGCCAUGUCGGAGGAGAUAGUUCAGGUGGUUGGUGAUGUUAAUGCUGUGAAGAAUGCUAUAGCAAUAAUUUCGUCUCGCUUGAGAGAGAGCCAGCAUCGUGAUAGAGGCCAAUUUACUAAUCGGCUGCAUCCACCCGAUGAUUUCUACCCUGCCGAUGAUGAUUUCCAUGCAUACAGCAAAGUAAGACGGUCAUCUCUUGAAGGGCCGAGUUUUGGAUCGAGACACUCUGAUUCUUCAAGGAACAACAAUUAUUCUUCUUCACGUUCAUCUGGAUUCGCCAGUGAAUCUGAACCCACUUCUCUAGCAGACAAUGCUCAUGGCUUCUCUGGUGACAAUCUCGUUUUUCGCAUACUUUGUCCUGUUGACAAACUUGAUAGCGUUAUUGGCGAGUCGGAAGGGAUUGUGGAUUUGCUUCAAAAUGAAAUAGGCGUGAAUGUUGAGGUUUCGGAUCUGGUUGAUGGCUCGGAGGAGCUUGUAAUAGUUAUAUCAUCUGACGAGGGUCCAGAAGAUGAGUUGUUUCCCGCGCAAGAAGCUUUGUUGCAUAUACAAACCCGCAUUGUUGAUCUUGUCCCAGAAAAGGAAAAUAUUAUUACCACCCGGUUACUUUUGCAAUCGGAUGAAAUUGGUUCUUUGCUUGAGCUGGAUAAAAUAGGUGGUGCAAAUGUAAAGAUCUUACCUAGAGAAGAGCUUCCUGAAGGUUUUUCAGGGGCACAUGAGAUUGUGCAGAUAUUUGGGGAGAUCAAAGCUGCCCGAGAUGCUCUGGUGGAGGUGACAUCAAGGGUUCGGAGUUACAUAUACCGGGAGUACCUCGAGAAGGAUGUUGCUGGUCUUGUGGAACCAGAGGAAGUCUCUAGAAACAAUGCACUUCCAUCUUCAGAAAUCCAGGCUGUAAAUGGUCCCGUUUCAACUUCCAAGAGUUCAUCAGCUGCUGCAGCCCCUCAGAAAGCGAAGGAUGUGGGGCCAACUAAUGUCGAGACAAAGCAAAAGGAGAGUGAACGACGCGAAGAACUCCCCAGCGGAUUGAAUAGAAUAUCCGUACCACUUGUCACCAGAAGUACACUGGAAGUUGUUAUACCACCUCAUGCUGCAUCUGAACUUGCAAAGAAAUCAAGAAAGCUAGCUUUAAUAAGCGAGCUUUCGGGAGCAAACAUCAAACUUAUUGAUGACAGGCCAGAGACAACAGAGAAGAUCAUUCAAAUAUCAGGUACUCCAGAGCAGGCCGAGAGAGCUCAAAGUUUGCUUCAAGGGUUUAUUUUAAGCACUGAGGAAGAUGGCCCUUAG